AACCACUGUGGCGUCUUUCGAGCGGAUAUUGUUUAUGAUCGACAUUUUCUAAAUCUUUAGAAAAUUUAGAUCUAGGACGUAAUUUUUAUCAGAAUUCCGUCUUAUUAGUUGUUAUUUUAUGCAAACAUUAGUGCAUUGAGUACGUUUUCUGAAAUUGAAUCAAAUUAACACAAAACUGUGCCGUAUAAACGUUAUGUAUAUGCCUAUAAGACUAAAGUUUUUUUCGCGACCAUUAUAGCGGGAAAUCUACGUUGUGACGCGCACAAACCGAGAUUAUUCGUCCCGAGCACUGGCGGAGUGUCGUAACAGCACGGUUAUGUGGCCAUUUAUAUUUUGACAGUGGACUCGUGAUAAAAAUUGUUUUAUUUGACAAUGUCUGAGGAAAUGGCGGUGUCUGAUAACACAACUGGGGAUGAAGCUACAGUUAGCAACGAUGAUCAAACAGCGGCACCUGUGGCGGAGCCCGAGGAGGUAGCUACAGGAGAGCCGACCGAGCCUGUUGCUCCUGUUAUAGAGGAGCCCCCAGCGAUGGAAGAAGAUGCCCCGGAACCGGACAAGGAACCAAAGAUUGAAGAAGAAGAGAAACCAGCGGUUAAAACUGAACCUUUGACCGAGGAGAUAGAUUUACCGCUGGACACAUUUCAUACUGAUGUAGACCUCAAGAAGGAGGAACUGGAGGAUGUGAAAGAUGAAUUUGAAACCUUUGAGCAUAAUAUUGAGGAGGACAUCAAGCGGGGGAUCAAACGGAGAGCCUCGUCAGCUUUCAGUGACACUGGUGAUGAAGACUUCAAAGGCUUUGAUGAUAUCAAAAUCGAAAUCAAGACUGAGGACUAUAGUAGAGUUUUGGAACGGCUGGAAGCGGAGGUGACAGAAGCGAGCAAGGAUCUGGUGCCUAUAAGGACUGUGAUGGCCGCGCCUGGCAGAGCCUCCAAGCGUCCACGCAAGGAUACUGAUGGAUCCAGACCCUCAUCAGCGCUAUCUUCAAGAUCUGACGAGGGAGGUACCACUGAUCCAGCAUUCAAAAUUGAGGUUCAAAUCAAACGAAGAAAGGUUAGCGCGGCAUCAUCGCCUGCGCACCGUGGCGGUCGCCGCUCCACCAUUGAGAUGUCGUCACCCCUACUCCGAGUGCCUCUCGAACGCGGGUGGAAGCGCGAGCUCGUGUACAGAGCCGCGUUGGAUGCGCACUCGAGACGGAAUGCUGACAUCUAUUACUAUACACCUUAUGGAAAGAAGUUGCGGUCGACUAGAGAGGUAGCCGAACACUUAGCUGGUACUGGCCUCACAGUAGAGAACUUCUCCUUCUUCAAAGAACCUCUUGGCGUUGAUGAUCCCGAAAAGGAAAUUAUCAGAGAUGCCAAACUGAUUCGUCGCGUGGACUCGCCAAUAGCGGCCACGGUACCCCCAGCACAGGUUGAAGGCAAGAGGACCCCCAAACCGAAGCCCCCUAAGGGAGCCAGUCCUGAACCUGUCACCCCUGCUGCCACCGCCGCCACUACUGCUACUACUGCUGCCGCUGCUGCAAAUAAAUCUCCUCCAGCUAAGCUUAAGGUGAAAUCAAUGGGCUCCCGGCUCAGCAACAAUGCAGCUCCUGCGGCACCAACCCCACCAGCGAAGCAACAGAAAAAACCGCAACCAGCCGAGCAAAAACCGCAACCGGCGCAACAACCAGCAACAACACCGAGCAACACUGACAACAACAACUCUGCUGCCUGGAAGAAACCGAGUGACGACAAGAGACGUGGUCGCGUGGCUAACGGCGCGUCGUCCCCGCCCACCGCCACCAUGUCGCCGCGACGUCGCGGGCGACAACGAGCUGACGAUACCGACCACUUCACUGCCUUCUAUAACAAGGCGCAGGAGAGGAACUACAAUGUUGUUGUACAGAUCUUCCAGUAUCUGGGCAUGCGCGACCUGGCACACUGCGCGCGCGUGUGCAAACUGUGGCGGCAACUGUCUGCUACACCCGCGCUAUGGAGACAUGUCAGGAUGAAGAAUUCACAUGUGAGUGACUGGGGAGGAUUAUGCGCAGCGCUCAAACGGCACGGGACGAAGAGACUAGACCUGCGCAAGAUGUUACUGCCACAGAACGAUACAGUCUUCUGGGAACAGUUCGCUGAACACAUCUCUACUGUCGACACGCUGGAGAGGAUAGAGAUGUGUCGCUGCCCGGCGCGCGCCGUGGAGGCGGUGUGCCGCGGGCUGCCCGGCCUGCGCGCGCUGGCCGCGCUCGCCAUCCGCGACGCGCGCCUCGACCCCGCGCCGCUCGCAGACCUGCCGCUACUGCACGAGCUGCGCCUCAAGAGCAUGGCCGGCCUCUCGCUCACGCAGGACCUGCGCCAUCUCGCCUCGCUCACCAAGCUGCAGCAUCUGUCGCUCACCAGCAUCAAGUUGGGAUGGUGCGCCUGCGACGUGAUCGGUUCCCUAGAGGGGCUAGAGUCCCUGGAGCUGGGCGAGUGCACGUUCGGCGCGUCGUUCGCGGGCGUGCUGGCGCGGCUGGGCCGGCUGCGGCGCGUCCGCCUGGAGCGCGGCACGCCGCACUGCGCCGCGCCCGCCAUCCUGCGCGCGCUGGCCACGCGGCCGCUGCUGACGCGGCUGGAGCUGGUCAACAUCGACGUCAAGCCGGGCUUCGACGACGCGCUGGCGGCCUGCAGCAACGUGCAGCGCCUGCUCAUCAUCCCCACGUACGUGUCGCAGUCGGCCACCACCAACCGCCAGGUGCUGUCGGGCGUGCUGCGCCUGUCCGCGUCGCUCACGCACCUCAUGUGGGGCGUCACCAUCGAGCUGCUGCGCGUCACCGAGCUGUUCAUCGACCAGUGCGAGCAGGCGGGCGAGCCCAAGCGGCGCGACGUGGGCGAGUGCAUCCCCGUGCUCAAGCCGGUGCCGGGCUGCAAGCUGCCCGCGGACCACGCCGGCCCCACCGGGCCCCCGCAGGUGGAGAUCCUGCCCCUCCCGACGCUACAGCGCCUCCUAUCGCAACAACUCCCCCAUACGAAACUGAAGUUGCUCCGCAUCCCGUUCCACGCGACCUGGCGCCAGUCCCUCGCGGACUUCCAGUAACGCACGACACUGCCUAUGUAAGCAUACCUACUUACCGUGUACAUACUUAUAUCACUAGAUAUAAAACUAUAUAUUGUUGUAACCAGCCCGGAAACUAUACAUAUGCACACUAACUCACGCCCUCGAUGACAAAAAAAGAGCUAUAAACAAUAACAUUUUAGCUUGGAAUUGAACUUUAAAACGUUUAUAAUUUACUAAACUUUGUUAUGUUAUUAGAUUUUAAACAGAUUAAUAAUAGUUCGCCAAUGUUAUAGGGAAAUCUAUUUUAUGAGAUGUGGUAAUAGAGAUACAUAGUAUAUUGUACUAUAUGUAGCUGAAACAUAGCCUUUGAAAACAAAGAUAUAUUUGUAGUAAACACAGUUGAACUAUACCUGUUAUAAGGUUAACGCAAGCAAUAAGAUAGCCGGCUCAUAUUAUAUUAGACAUGUAAUUAUUACAUACUGGGCUUUGAAUACACUGGGGGAUAAUAACAGCAAUAUGUGGGCUAUUGAUAACUCUAACUGUCUUUAACCGACGGUCAGUGGGCUGCGCGCAGUCACCGCGCACGCUACUCAUGUAUAAGAGUCCCGAUGUUACUUCAAACUAGAAGAACUUUCCUCAAAUAGUUCACUUAAGUAAGCCGUAUAUUUGAUUUCGUAUGUCUCACGAUGCUUAUUAUACAAAAAUAGCCAUGUUGUAAUUAACACAAUUUACAUAUCUUAAAUGCGUUAUCAAUAUUAUACACAUACAUGGAUUAAUGGUUCUUGAAUUGUAUAUUUUAUCCCCUAGUGACUCCAAGCCCAGCAUUCAACACCAGUAUAUCCCAUAUAUCGCCUUACAAAGAUAUUUUACAUUAGAAGUAGCAGAGAAUAUAUUGUGUACAUAAAUAUUAGUAUAUAGGGGUUCACAGCGGUCGAUAUAUACCAUAUUAUACUAGUAUAUUAUAUUUUAUUAUAUUAUACAUUAUAUUUAUUUAGUAUACAAUCGUUAUACACUGAUUUUGUUAUUUCUCUUGGUAACUUAAUUGGGGUCUUGGGGAAUAUAACUUUUUCAUCACCAGCCUUUAAAUGUCCAGUACUGAUCAAAAUCCUGUUCUUACACUGAGAAAGUAUGGGCAUUAAUCACCACCAUUUCAAAUCCACCUGGAGGAUUAGCCAUUCAGCAAAUGUUAGUCCAGGUUUCCUCACGACGUUUACAUUCACCAUAUGUUGGUGAUGUUUAAAUUAUCUUAGAAAGUACACUUAUGCAAUGGGCGCUGCCGAUUGAUUACUAUCAGGUCAUCUGUCUGCUCGUUUGCCGCCCUAUAUCUUACCAAUAUUAUAAAUGUGAAUGUGUAUGUUGGUUACUCACACGGCAAAACAGCUGAUGGGAUCGAUAGAAAUUUGGAACUGGGACAGAUUAUGGUCUGGUCCGGAAUAACAUGUAGAAAAAAAGUCAAAGUCUAAAUCUUUAUUUCAAUUAGACCAAGAAGCCACUUUUGAAUAUCAACAACAAACAUUUUGAAGUGAAGCAAGUUGCUCAUUCCAAGGUGUAGAUUCCUAUGGAGAAGAACGAGCAAGAAACUCAAUAGGUUACCCUUUUUCAAUCGGGUUUACAAUACAAUUGUGUAGUUACAUAGUUUUGUUGUGUUGCUUCGAUUGUGUGAGAACAAUGCCACACCUAAAUCAAGUCAAAGACCCCUAAAUAAGUUCCCUCUUGCGCACUUUUACCAAGAAAAGUAACAAAAUCAGUAAAUAUUUAGAUAAAACAAUGAUUAUUGUACCAGCCGGUACUUGUUACAAUAUAGUACAUAAUAUAUACUGCGGGUUAGGUAAUUCAUGAGUUAUUUUUAACUAUAUACUUUACAAAAUGCUUGCUUAGUUAACCAGACAGAACCUUUGCUUGAUAACCUAUGUGUCAAUAGAAUUGCUCACGGGAGAUAGAAUUUUAACAUUAAUUUAAUGUUUAAUAUCUUUCUUUAGUGAUAAAUCUACUGAUAAAAAUGUUAUUGAGACCACAUAAACUGUAAUUAUUAAUGAAUCUUUGAAUUGGUGUAUAUUUUUGACACUAGUUCUAUAUGGUUCUGCACGGUUGGCGCGUUGGCUGGGCAACCGGCUACUGCGCAACGUGUAGCGGGUCCGAUUCCCGCAAGGAGCAACUCUUUGUGUAAUCCACAAAUUGUUGUUUCGGUUCUGGGUGGCAUGUGUAUGUGAACUUGUAUGUUUGUAAACACAUCCACGAUACAAGAGUAAAAUCGUAGUGUGGAGCAACAUAUAAAGAGAUUUCCUGCCAAAAACCUAGAUCGGUCAACAUAAUUUGUAUUAAGAUUCGUUAUUAAUUGCGGUUAUAAAAACAAAUAGUCUAAAGUUUUUACGUUUAUUACUUUUGAUAGGUAAUAGACAUUUGAUUUUGGUUCAAAAUAUUGCUAUCUCUAACUAAUAGGUUAUGUACAAAAGAGAUGGAAGUCUACGAUUUUAGUUAUAACAAUUAACGAUUGAAUUUUGUUAUUCCCUAAUAUCGAAACAUCUACCCAAUAAAUUGAUGCUAAAGAAAAUAAAUUAUGUCAACAUUUUCGUUCAAAAGAGAGCGAAACAUGUCUAAAUAAAUUUAUUCAACUACUAAACAUAGUUCCAGAACACCGUAUUCUAAAAAUGUGUCUUAAGUCGCUCACAUAGACCUCAUAUUCGCGUACAUAUAAAUAGAUAUAUUUUUCUAACAACAAGACUUUGAAACACCAAUUUGAAAAGCCCAGCAAUGUAAAUGAAGUACUAGAAUAAACUAUUAUGGGAAGUUAAUAGUUUUUAUUAAAGAAAAUACAUAUUAUAUAAUUAUAUUAAAAUGUUUUAUUGAUAAGACUUGUAAAUAUUCUCUAAGGUAUAGUGAUCAGUGCCUAAAAUUGAUUUAUAUUAUGGUCAUAAGAGGCGUGGUUUAUUUCAGAGUGGUUUCUUUUUAGUUUUUUAGUUGCACAUCUAAUUUAUGGUAUCUUUCACUUCAAUAGUUAUGCGAAACGCCACUUAAACUGUCAAACACCGCGAGGACACCGGUGACCGCAACCUAUUGUUCUUUAAUUGUGUCUAUGAUGACGGUACUCAAAGGGUUAAGCCCUUGUCCACCGAGAGAGUGAAAAACGAAAUGUAUGGGAAUGACACUGACAAAUGUCAAAAUUUACGUUAAUUCCAUAUAAUUUGGUUUUCUACUCUAAAAGUAGACGCUAAAUGGCAUCUAGCUACAGCAACAGGUUGGAAAAUUAAGGUUGAGUUAGUAUAGAGACAGUAUCUGUUAAUUGACUUCUAACGACUGGAAUCAGUGACUCAUCUGAAUGCAAAAUCUUUUGGAUCGAGAGUUCUAUAGAUUUUUUGUCAAAUGCCGAGAUUGAUCAAGCUAUAUUGGAUUAUGGUCGGUUAAGAAUUUCGGCCGUGACUUGACCAAUAGUUUCAUUUAAAAGCAUUAAAUAUAGCAUAAAAAUAGCUACUGUCUCUGUUCUAAGUUUCGACAUUAUGACUUCAACAAUAAAGUUGAAAAUCUAUCAAAAAAGAUAAUCUUGACAUGCGAUAUUUUGUAUAGAGAAGCGAAGAAAACAAGUGGUUUGAAAAUUACAAUUAAAAUUAUAUCGUUCGUCAAAUAAUGUUAGGGUGAAGACUGAGUCACUUUUAAGGCUAAAAAGUAAGGAAUUUUAAGAUAUUUUUAAAGAAAAUUAUGUAAAAAGUCUUGAACACACGUAUGCACAUCAAGCUAGCCAAUGCCAGUGUAAACUGACCAUUAAAUGUUGCGGAAACAUUAUAUAGAGCGAGCAAGUGCGACUGCCGAGCAAGGGGUCUCCGGUUCGAUUCCCAAAUCGGGUAAAUUAUUACUGGGUCUUUUAAAAAAUUCUCAGGAGUAGCACGGAGUCUGGAAUUGUGCCCGGUAUAUGGAAAUAGGCUCACCCCCUAUUACAUGGGACUCGUAACAUAAAUAGCGAAAAGUUGGUGUUACAUUGUACAGUGGCAUUAAGUGCCGUAAUGUGCACCUCUGCCUCUUCGGGAAUAAAAAGGCGUGAUUUUAUGUUAUGAUGAUCACGACAAACUUGCUAUGUAUGGUUUGAUGUGGAGGAUUCUUUAUAUUAGAUGUGCAAUGCUUACAGUUUGACAGCAGUUGAAGUUGCUUAUACAUGUAGCGAUUUUUCCUACUCGCAAACUGUUAAGGGAAUGCUUAGUUGCGAACUAGACACAUAGAUUUUAAAUGAAAUAAUAGGUGAUUAAAAGCCUGCAAGAAAUUAAGGUAAGAAAAGUUUUUCUGCAAACAGUAAUUCUUCUCUAUUAUUUUUACUGACUUCAAAAAAAGGAGGAGUUAGUACUAUGUUCGGGUGAUUGUUUUUUUUUUUGGUUCGAAAUUUGACAGUCACUGUUACUUAAUGGAAUUUAUUUUAAUAUAAAAUGUAUGGGUCUAGUUUCCAAAUUAAACGUUGGUUUUAUUUAAUUAGUAGUAAAAUUAUGUGGCAAUGUUUUAAAUAUAUUAUUUUUUAGACUUGUAUAUGCGAAGUACAAGCUUGCGUGUACGUGGGGCGGCGGUGUCUUGAACAGACUAAAUAUAAUCGUGAAUUUGUAUUAUUUUUUACCACUUAUUCAAAAACUUGUAUCAUAAAAGCGAAAAGUGGGUAUGUGCUAUGCACCUCUGUUUACGCCUUCGAGAAUUUAAAAAGUCGUGAAAUAUUAUGUAUUUCACUCCCAGGACAUUUCAUUUGCUUGGUAAUUGUCAGUUUUAAUUAACUAAUCCCAAAUAUAAUGUACCUACAAUUAUGUUGUCUGUACUUUAUCAUUAUGAACCUAUAUUUCGUUUGAACGAGACACCGCAGUACCUCGGUUAUAGGAAUACCGCGUGGGCUAUGAAAAUAUCUAUAUUAAUUGCGGGAUUAUAUUAUUUUCAACAUUUAACCAACACGCCUGAGCAUAUAACCAAAAUCACGAUCUCAGAAAAAAAGUUAAUUUAUCGACACAUGACUUUAUAAUCCGUGCAAAUGUUAUUCUCUCAUCUGAUUGGUUGAUUAAACGUGUAAUAGCCAAUCACGAGAGUGGGUGUGGCAUUUGGUUACAGAUUAUAAAGCACAUGUGUCGUAGAUUUUCCUUUUCAUGGUUUAGUGGCGUUUUUUAAAUUAUUUUUAUUGUGUUUGAGGCUUCGGAGUAUAUUUGUGGCAAUUAUAUUUAUUUUACUGAUUAUAACUUCAUUAUAAAUGUAGUAUUUCUUGUCAAUUUCGAAUUUACUGUAAAGUAAAACUUUCAAUUUUUAUAUUAUUUUCGUGGUAAAAUAAAAUGUCUGCUUUAUAUCUCCGAAGCCUAAGCUGAGAUAAUUAUUUAUUAUUAGCGUGGUUUAAUAAAACAAUUUGUUUUAGAGAUAAACAUGAAAACUAGGUUUUCGCUAAGCAUUUUAUCCACCAUUAUGCACAAGUGAAUUAAUGCGAAUUUCUUUUUUAGCAUAAUGUUUUGAUCAGGACAGUUUCUUUCCAAGUAUAGCCAAAGUAACGAAAAAAACAAGUUCAUAUAUACUUAUGUAAAUAAAGUCGGCCUUGUAACCGAGAGUUUCUUCAAAAAUUAUGUAAUUAGAACUUAGAUAUUUUCGAUACAUCUGCUUACAACAGCGAAUGGUGCGAUCUGAUCGAAAAAUUAAGCGAAAAUUGAUUAAAAAGUCGCAUUAAUCCACAUUAUUUUAACUUAUCGUGUAUUGUUUGUACAUACGACGCGUGAAACUAUACAAACCAGUAUAUAGUAAUCGUUGAAUGUCCGGAAAGGUCGUGAUAAACCGAGAUCCUGAUAUACUGGUUUUGUAUAGGUCGACGUGUUAAUAUAAUGUUUGUCAAAAGCAACACUUUGUUUUGUAUUUAGUUAUCUCAGCUUCCUUAUAUACCGUACUGAAUUAGGAUAACACCAUGACUUGUGUUAAAGCAUAGCUUUUUUAAUAUAAUUUAGACUCUGUAGUCUAUUGUUAAUAAUCUCUUAAAGCUUCUUGUAUUCUAGUUUAUAUUUUGGCGGGAUUGCCCUCAUGGCGUUUAAGUUUGUGUAAAAAAUGUAAAUGAUGAUUAAAUACGAUGUGUUGUUGUGGGUAUCACAACUUGAUGUUAUGUGUAGGAAUAUUCUAGAAGUUUCUUUUAAGAAUUUGCCUAUUUUUAUUUAUUUGUAUAAUUUUAGUUCAGUUCAUUUUACCAAAAGGUGACUUUGCUGUACAUAAAUUAUUUAAAAAUUGCAGAUAAUCAUGUUUAUUUUUCAUUGUUUUACCUAUUUGCUGUCUUAAAUUGAUGGGAUCAAGGUUCAAUUUCGGCUGUAGAGGAACGCAUGUAACCUCAAGUUGGUAUUCCGUUGGUUUGUUGUUGGCCGCGACGCAGGAUCUAUUGUAUAAUUAGGUUUAUAUAGGUUUAAAGACAACUUUGCUACUGAGCAAGGGCGACUUGUGAAUAA